AUGACUCUGCAUCUAUUACAUCUAAGGAAACGAGCAUAUCUAAAUCAUAUGGAGAUUCCAAUCAAUCUUCAGUUAAUGUCAUCUCUACUGAAACAAAAAAUUCUAACGAUGUCUCCAGAGGUAAUCUCACAAAGUAAGGAUGCUCCUGCAUUAGAUAUAACUGACAAUACUUCAAAUUCUGACUCACAGAAUAAGGAUGCUAUUGCAUCUGAACCCAAUAACCGGAGGCUAGCUCAUACUAAUGCUCCAAAUCCUGAUAUAUCUAAGACCAAAUCAUCAGAGGAUAAGGAGAUCGAUGAAUUCUUAAAUUCAAAGUGUAAGGAACAGGUUAGUAAAGAGAUAAUUCAGAGCAUUAGUGAGAAGAAGCUUCAAUAUGAAUCAACUAAAGACCGAGUCCAGAACUUAAUUUCGGAUAUUUCUAUCUCUUCCGAGCAAAAUCAUAAACCAAAGAACAUUUAUCACAGGAAAGACCAAGGA